CAUUAUGAUAUAUGUGAACUAGAUGGGACGUCAACUAGGUCUGGGAAUAGAUACUUUAUCACUUUCAUAGAUGAUUGCUCUGAUUAUUGCUUUGUUUAUUUGAUGAAAAACAAAAGUGAGACCCUUAAUAUGUUCAAGGUAUUUGUGAAUUUGAAACAGUGCAAUCGAAAGAUAAAACAACUUAGGAGUGAUAGAUGAUUAGAGUAUGACUCUAAUCCCUUCAAGGAAUUCUAUAGCUAACAUGGUAUCAUUCAUGAAACCACGACACCAUAUUAACCAGAAAUGAAUGGUAAAGCUGAGCGGAAAAAUAGGAUGUUUACAGAAUUAGUUGUGGCUAUUAUGCUCAAUUCUGGAGCUGCUUCUUCUUGGUGGUGUUAUAUUUUGUUGAUGGUUUCCUAUGUGCUAAAUCGUCUUCCAAAAACAGAUAAAAAAGAGUCACCCUAUGAGAUCUUGAAGAAUAAGUCACCUAAUUUGUCCUAUUUAAGAACGUGGGGUUGUUUGGCCUACGUAAGAAUUCUGGAUCCUAAGAGAAUUAAGGUGGCUAGUUGAGCAUAUGAAUGUGUUUUUGUUGGCUAUGCUACCAAUAGGAAGACAUAUAAAUUCUAUGAUUUGAAUGCUCGUACUAUAAUAAAAUCCAUUGAUGAUGAUUUCUUUGAGACGAUUUCCAUUUAAAACGAGAAAUAGUGGAGGUAAUGUACUAUCUGCUAUUAGAGAUAACGGAACUAGUGGGGGUGUUGGAUCUGAGGAUGAACUAAGAGCAAGUAAAAGAGAUAGAAUCUCCAAAGUCUACAGUAUACACCCUCGAAGAUCCAAAAGUUUGUAGGAAGCAUUAACUUUCAUAGAUGCAGAUUUUUGGAAUGAGGCCGUUAUAGAUGAAAUGGAAUCGUUGGAAGCUAAUAAGACUUGGCAUCUAACAGACUUACCUCAUGGCUGCAAAGUCUUGGGAUAAUAAAUGGGUUCUAAAAACGAAAGGAAAACCUGACGGUGCAAUCGAAAGGUUCCGAGAUCGCUUAGUAGUUAAAGGUUAUAGGCAGAGAGAGAAUAUAGAUUUUUUAUACCUAUUUGACAGUAUUGAGAAUAACAUUCAUUCGUAUCAUGAUUGCUCUUGAUGCCUUGAACAAUGUUGUGGUACACCAAAUGGAUGUUGAAACUCCUUUUUUGAAUUGUGAUCUGGACGAAGAAAUCUAUAUGGAACAACCAGAAGGGUUUGUUAUCCCUGAACAUGCCUCAAAAGUCUACAAGUUAGACAAAUCAUUGUAUGGUUUGGAACAUGCUCCAAAACAGUGGCAUGAGAAGUUUGACACUCUCGUUCUCUCACGUGGCUUUAAGGUGAAUGAAAGUGACAAGUGUAUUUACUACAAAUCGGAGAAUAACACUUGCACUAUCAUAUGCUUGUAUGUAGAUGACAUGUUGAUAUAUGGUACAAAUAUUCACGUGGUCAAUGAAGCAAAAGCCAUGUUGAAAGAGAGUUUUGAGGUCAAAGAUCUGGGUGAAGCAAAGUUUAUACUUGGAAUCCAGAUAACUAGAACAACAAAUGGUUAUUCUCUAGAUCAAUCUAGUUACAUAGAGAAGAUCUUGAAGAAAUAUAACUAUUUCGACUGUAAACCUGAGUGUACUCCGUAUGAUGCUAGUGUAAAGCUAUCCAAGAACACUGGAGACAGUAUAAGACAAUCAGAAUAUGCUAGCAUCAUUGCCAGUCUCCGUUAUGUGGCUGAUUACACUCGACCAGACAUUGCAUAUGUCGUGGGAUUGCUUGGGAGGUUUAAUAGUUGUCUUAGUAGAGAGCAUUGGAAUGCUAUAGAGAGGGUCAUGAGAUACCUCAAGAGAACAGCAAACCUUGGUAUACACUAUCUAAGGUUUCCUGCUGUACUAGAAGGGUAUAGUGGUGCGGAUUAGAAUACCCUAUCAGAUGACUCCAAGGCAACAAGCGGGUAUGUCUUUAACAUCGCUGGUGGAGCAGUAUCUUGGAAGUCUAAGAAACAAAAAGUCCUAGCUCAAUCAACUAUGGAAUCAGAGAUGAUAGCACUAGCAACGGCUAGUGAAGAAGCGAGUUGGUUGAGAGUAUUAUUGUCAGAGAUUCCCCUAUGGGAAAGGCCGGUCCCUACAGUAUUGAUCCAUUGUGAUAGCACCGCAGCUAUUGCUAAAGUUGAGAACCGGUUCUAUAACAGAAAGAGACGACAGAUUCGUCGUAGCACAAUACCUGUAAGAGAACUCCUAACGAUAGGAUUAGUGAGGGUGAAUCAUAUAAGAUCCGAACAUAAUCUAGAUGAUCCUUUGACGAAAGGAUUACCUAGAGAGAAAAUCCAUAAUACCGCCAAGGGUAUGGGACUUAUGCCUACUGAGUCAUGAUUUACAAGUGACGGUAACCCGACCCGAUAGACUGGAGAUCUCAAGAAACGGGUUCAAUGGGUAAUAACAAGUCAUGAGUAAUAUUAAGAAAAGUUCAUGCAUAGUGAAACAUGAAUCCCAAAGACUAGAUGUCGAGUUAAUAGAAACCCUUAAUGAGGUCUAUACUCCAUGUGGAGUGAAGUAAUUUACUUUGGGGGUACUUCUGAUAGACUCACCUAUGUGAAUGUGGGAGUGGGACCGCUCCCUAUAAAACUUUGGAGGCACAAAGUUGCUAGAACAUUCACUAAACCAGGAUAAUGUGCAUGACCAUAAACGCACGAGCUAAGAGUUAUUAAUUAGUUAAGGUAAUGAGGUAAAUGGUGUAUUUUACUUAUUUCAAAUUUAACCUAAUAACAUAAUUAAUACAAAACUAAUCAUCUACCUAUAUAAGCAAUAAAACACAGAAGGUCGGCGGCAGUGGCGAAUACAUGCAUGUUUAGACAUCCCUAAAAUUUGGAAAUAUCAUUAUUCAACUUCCGAUAGUAGUUUACAUAUAAGCAAAAAAAAAAAAAAAAAAGUGGUAAUGGGACACCCUUAAAUUUAGGAAAAAAAGAUUAUCCGACCUCCCGUAGUAGUUUGCGUAUUGGUACAAAUAAUAUUUAAGUAGUAGUCUAUGUGAUUUAAAUUUGAAACACUACAACUCCGUCCAACUCCGGUCACUCGAAUUACUGAAACAUGUCACAUUUAGUCACUCGAAUUACUGAAACAUGUCACAGUUAGUCACUCUCUCGUUAGUUUCCAUCCAACUGCAUUAAUGGAGUUGGACAGAAACUAACAGGAGAGUGACUAAAUGUGACCUAUUUCAGUAAUUGAAGUGACCAAAAAUGAUAUUAAAUUUUUCUAGUGACUAAACAUGGCUCGAUUUAGUAAUCUUAGUGACCAAAUGUGGCAUAAACCCGAAAGAGAACACAGUAGAAUGUCCAGACAUUGGGGAUGAACUAGGGGUGGGCAAUGGGCGGGUUGGGUGGAUUUUGGUCUAAAAUUGACCCACCCGCUUACUAGCGGGUUGGAAUAUAUGUGACCCGCAGUACACCCACAUACUUAUGCGGGUUGGGUGGGUGGCGGAUGGGUGCGGUUGAGUCGCGGGUUAACCCGCAAAAGAAAUUCUACAACUAACCAUUAAAAAAAUUGACUAACAUUUAUAAUAAGUUCAUAGCAAAUUAGUAAGAUUGUAUCAAUAAUUUAUGAUUUUGAUA